ACUUCUCCACAGCCGUUGAAGCAGACGGCGUGAGUGUCGGCGCGCAUGUCACCUGAGAAACGACUGGCUUCACAUCGCACACAGGCCUUUGCAGGAGAAGAAGAUAAUUUCUCUAGCUUUCAGCGAGGCUAACAUUAUCCACAGGAAGUGAAUGAUGAGAAAGCCAGUAGAAAGGUAGACAAUGCAACCUGUAGAGUCAGGCGAUGGGCAGGCCAGGGGGGCGCUGUCCACACCUAGUAACAACGUCAUACCCGAGGAGCCAAUCAGCGAAGCGGUACGACUCACGCUACUGGUGGGGCUGCCCUUCUUUGCCAUUAACGCCAUCAUCAAAAGUAUUCUCAUCUACAGCGUCUUCAGCUGUCAGGACAUGAAGAAGUUCCGCAUCUGCUUGCUGCUUCGCUUCCUGGCAAUCCUGGACUGCCUGUUGAUGAUACUCCUCUUUGGGCUGCCAUGGCUGGGACUGCUGCUGCCCUUCUCUUCCGACCUGGAUUAUGAUAGUCGCGGGAAGCUGUGUGUGGUGGCCAGCUACCUGAAAAUGACCCUCGUGGACCUAGUAACCUACACUUUGCUGCUGGCGGGACUCGAACGUCUGUACUGCCUGGCCAACAAGCCAUACCGCUCCUACUUUGCAAUCGCCUUUGUGUCUCAAAGCCAAUGUCGCAUCCACAACAUCUUUACCAGACUCCUGCUCGUCGUCUUUGUGCCUGUGAUAAUGGCUGUGAACUUGCCCCACCUGUGUGGAAAUUGGCCCACUACAAAGGACAGCAAGUCCGGGGAGUGCCUGAACCCGUGGAGAAUCCUCGGUGACGACGACGAGGAUGCGGCAACGAUUCGCAAUCACACAAUUCUCGGCUACAGUGUUGCCGUGUUUGUCCUGCUCUUAGGGUGGACCCUGAAAUGCACCAAGCCCAAGGCUGCCCCUCGAGCUGUUCCGAAAACCAGGAAAUUGGUCAAAAAGGAGGCAACCCACAAGGAGACGUCCUUUUCACAUCCACCGAUUCCACCACAUGAGGGAGAGACCGCGGACACGCAGCCGAUCAUCCAGACUCCAGCAGGGGGCACUCCUGCUUCCCUCACCUCCACACCAAAGUUCUUCAAGAUCUAUCUAACCGUCCAGAUGUGCAAGAUUCGUGGCCGUGAUAUAGGCUUUCACUUGGUGACCUGCGACAAGACCGCAGUGCCCACCAGAAAACGCGAGGUGGAGUUCGACAAUAUGGUUCUGGGCUACGCCUUGGUCUACCUGAUCUUCCAAGCUCCCCAGAUCCUGCUGCAGAGUAUCGGCAGCAUUAUAGCCGCACACUGCGACCCGUCCACCCUGAUGACCUUAUCCGUCGCCACCGACAUAAUCGCAGGCAACCGUCCAGCUUUCGUCUUCUUCCUCUACACCUUGAUGAGCUUAGGCCACUUCGGCAACAUUGUGGCCAAGAUCAUCACGACCAUUUUUUCAUGCGCAUGCCUUCGCCGCAGGUCAAGGUACGAAGAGUCAAUCACCCUGAGCGUCGUCAACUAGAGAGGGCGGCGAGGGGAGGGAACUUUGUUGUCCGGACAACGGGGGUCAGUCUUUGCUGGAAGCGGUGAGAAAGGUUUGUGCGUUUGCUGAUGGAAUCCUUGCUGAGAACAUGCUCUCAUCCCACGUGCACAGUGAAAGAUGCACAAUCUAGUAAAUGCUAUUUUUAGCAAAUAUUUUAUACUGGAUUUAUUUUCACUUUUUAAAUAAAACUAGUCUGACCCCUAAAUA